CUCUUCUCUGUCUCCAGCUGCUCCAUUCAACCUGCCUUCCGUGGUUCAGCCUGGUGCCUCGGCACUUCAGCCUGAUGCACUUCAGCCUGAUGCCUGUACUCCAGCCUGAUGCCUCUCUUCAGCCUGAUGCCUCCACUCAGCCUGAUGCCUCCACUCAGCCUGAUGCCUCCACUCAGCCUGAUGCCUCUACCCAGCAUGAUGAACUGAUCCAGCCUGAUGAUCCUAUUAGGCCAGUUGACUCGAUGCCCGCUGUUGAUCCAGAUGAUCCGGUACCUGAUCCGGUGCCCGCUGUCGUGCCAAUUGACUCAGUGCCCACUGUCGUACCUGGUGACUCGGUGCCCACUGCCUUGCCA